UAUCACUGUCGCCGGUUCUGGCGGAAGUCACGUCACGGAGGCGGAAGUUACUGUUUGUUUCCAACAUGGCGUCCGAGACAACAGCCACCUCAGAGUGGAUCCAGUUUUUUAAGGAUGCAGGGAUCCCAGCUGGUCUCGCUGUCACUUAUGCUGUCUCCUUUGUGGACAACAGAAUCCAGAAGAACAUGCUAAUGGACCUCAGUAAAGAUAUCAUGAUGGACCUCGGUAUUACGGUCAUUGGUGAUAUCAUUGCCAUCCUCAAACAUGCCAAGCAAGUGUACAGACAAGACAUGUGCAAAAUGGCCACAGAAGCCAUCUCCUCAGGACAGACGAGUGUUAAAGCUGAGCUCAGAAGAACUGCCAAUACGCCUGCCACUCGUAUGAUUGCCAAUGCUUUGAGUCAUGACUCCCCUCCAGCAACCCCAGCCCGUCGACCCGACAACCGCCUCUCCGUCACUGUGUCCAACAUGCAAGCAAACAAGAGUAACAAAGCAGUUUUAAGCCAGCCAGCUGAUGAGGGGACGGGUUUGCCAGCAGCGAAGCGCCGGCGAGUAACAGCUGAGAUGGAAGGCAAGUACAUCGUCAACAUGCCCAAAGGCACCACGCCUCGUACACGCCGCAUCCUGGCGCAGCAGUCCAAGAAAGGUUUGAAACGCACCUCUGUCUUCGCCAGACUUGGGUCAGAAUCAAAGGUGGACACAACAACAAGCAAUAACAAGCCCACUGGUGUGUUCAGUCGUCUGGACCAGGCACACGUAGAUGGGCCGAGGGCAGGAAAUAUUGAUGUCGAUGAGCAGGGUGACAGUGAUGGAGAGGGCUCCAUCCUCCAGUAUGCUGGUGUCCUCAAGAAACUGCCUCCCUCCCAGAAAAAGGAGCCAGCCACGAAACCUGCCUUGACCACCCUAAGGCGACUGGGAGGGAAAUUCAAACUACCCCCCCCUGUUGACCCCACUUCCUCCUUGUCCACCCUUAAUGGCCUCCCACCUCCCAAGAUCAGUGUUCUGCAGAGACUGGGAAAGCCUUCUGCCUCAAAUACGGCUGUGUUGCCCACAGUGGCUGACACACAGGACAACAGAGUGACCAGCACCAGGUCCAGAACCCUGGCGAGACUUACCAUAGCAAGCUCUAAGGUCAGCAGCAGCACUGGGGUAGGGGGAGCAGGAGCGGCAGGGACAGCAGGAGCAGCAGGGGCAGCAGUAGCGGCAGGGGGAGAGUCUUUGGGGGCACAGAUGGACAUUGGGGCCAUCAGUGUUUUUAAGAGACUGGGCAAUAAGCAAACCUAACAAAACUUAAAAUAGUAUUCAGACUCUUUAUAUACUUCCUUUAUAGAAUUUGUAUCACCACCGUUUGCAUUGAUCCUGGCUACACACAGGACUGUGGAAUUUUGUUAACAGUUGUUGAGUCUGAGUGAGUGGACAAUUUUAAUGGCUUUAUGGUUAUUCUUAAAGAACAUAUGGAUUUUGGUUUUACAUUUUAGUUGUCCUUGCCAGUAGAAGUCCACAUUUGUCUACUGUGCGGGCUUUUAAUUUAAACACUCAAAGUGUUUUUUUGUAUCUAAUAUGUUGCUCAUUCAGAUCAUCAGUCACUUUUUAAUGUAUUUACCCACGUGUGAACUGAAAGCGUGUGCAUGACCUCAACCAAGUCUUUAAUUUUCCCCCGCAACUCCAUUUAUAAGGAUGCUGCUGCCAAAACUUUCCUGUUUGGAGAUUCCUCUUGAAUUAAUAUAUUUGAGAAGUUUAAAAUGAUGCUUGUUUCUCAAGAUUAAUGCUAUGAUCACUGUGUUUAUACCCGCAUUUGCCUGAAGGUUAACUAUUUUGAGAGAAAAAAACAUUUACAUUUAAGGUCCAGAUAGGUUUAUUUUUUACACAGGUUAAAAUACACAAUGGCAGUUAGAAAUAUUAGCCACAACUCAGAAUUACCUCCAACAUCAUGCUUUCACAGUAGUAAACUUAGGCCUCUAAGUUUUGGACUUGGAGCAGAAAAGAAUUCCAAAGGGUUACAAAGAACGACCUCUGCAAAUACUUGAAUCGAGAAGAUGCAUAGCUUCACAACCUCAUCGUCCUCUACUGCACUUUCUGGAGUAGAAGUUAGAACCUUAGUGCUUAAGACACUUAAGUCAGCUUUUCUACUGUAGUCUGAGUCUUUUCAAAACCACCCACCUGACAGCUGUAUCAAUAGAAUAUAGUUUUUUCUUAAUUGCAGUGUAUAGAUUUGUUAGGGCAUGUUGAUUUCACUCCGUAAAGAUGUUCUGUUUUUGUGUCAUGUGUCCAUGUGAUGAAACUCAGAGAUGCUAUGAAGCCUGGUGUUGGGGCCACUGCACUGUCGUCCUAUAGUAGUGAUAGUACACCCAACCCAGGAUGGGUCACUACAACAUUCAUGUACCGCUUCGGUCUUUCACCUUCACACCAGAACUUUGUACAUAUUUUUAAAAUGUUUAAAUCAUGAAGAAUCUUUGUUUUCAGGAAAAUAUUCAACAACGAAAUACUAUAAACUCUUUUUUUAAGGACAUGACAGUUAUGAAUUUAGAUCAAAUGUGCUUGGAAAAAUAAUUAAAAGAGGAAAAGAG